GAUUAAACUAGUCGGACUUUCAUCAUCAAAGCUUCAUGGAAAAGAAGAUUCUUGUACACCGAGAUCUUGCCUUUCUACACCUCACUUCACCUCCCUUCACCAAAUCAACAUCCGCCAUCAUCGGUGGAGAGAAAGGAUCCCGUCGCCAUUCUCAAUCUCUGUCAUAUUUCGUACAAUAAUAACAUGCUUCAUAUUGCUCCGCAUGAAUAUAGUGGCGCCCUUUAAUAAACAUUGUCGAGAUCGGAUUGUGUGGUAUUUGGCUUCAUCUCAUUUCAUUUUGGAUACCCGCAAAAGUCUCCCCCCUCUUCAACGCCCGUCACAACGAAAAGUCCCCGCGCCAUAGUUCUCUGUUCCCGUUAUCCGUGGCACAAUAUUCAUCCGUUUCACUUGCAGAUUCCAACCAACACGUCUUUGCGAAUUCACUGCGAGCACUUGAGUAGCGGGGUUCAUUGUUUGUUUGUUAAUCAAUUCCUGCUCGAUACCCUCGUCAGUCCUCCUGGAUUCAAGAUCUUCGGACCUAGAACUCUCGAGACCCCUUCCACCGUUCCACCUUUUAAUCAGAACUCGAACAUCUCACAGCCUCCAUCUUCUCGCCAUGGAAGGUCGGCCAUCACAGUUACCGUUCUCGCGGAAUACGAAUACGGCCUCUCCAUAUGGUCGUUCCUCGUUUCCACCCGCGCCAAACGGACAGCCUUCACAGUAUCCCCCGUCGUCGCAUCCACCGAGUGGCCCCCCUUCAUACCCGGAUCAUCAACGAAGAACUUCUGAUGGACAAUACUUUCAACCGCGUUAUCAAGAAGGGCCGCCGUUGCAUGGGGGAGGUCAUUCAAGACACCCGAGUUCUUCCUCGAUUGGCCAUUCAACUCCAGUAGGACGCGGUAUGCCUCCACCAUCUUCGCCGCAACAACAACAACAACAACAACAACAACACCAAGGACCCAUCCAACAUAGUUAUGGACCACCACAUCCCCGAGGACCUUCAGUAUCUGUUGGGCCUCCGGUCGGUUUUCCAAGUAGCCGAGAAUUGCCACCACCUUUGAAUAGACCACCUAGCACUGCUGGAAGUAACAUGUCCAUUUCAUCAUUACUUGGAGGCCCAACACCGACUACUCGUGAACAGAUACCAAACCAAUACACGUCCCCAAUUACCACAUCCGCACCACCUCCGAUGUAUGGCAGUGCGACGCAUGCUUCACCACGCGUCAGCUCAGCGGCAAACGACUAUACAUCUUUUGGACGUCCCCGGACCCCCGAUGCACGGUACGAACAUCGAGAUCACCGCGCGAAUUCUGCAGGAUCACCACCGGGCGCUGGACAAUAUGGAACGCCUGAUCAUCGACAUGCUACUCCCCAACACUACGGUCAUAGACCCUCUCAAAAUCAAAUCGCUCAGCAUCCAGACGAUCGGCGCGACUCACAAGGUAUGAGGGGUAGCAACAUGAACAUGCCUCCGCGACCAAACAGCCAGCCAAUGACAUACCAUUCAUCAACGUCUCGCCCUGGAGAUCGUUCGACGUUUCACGGCGAGCCACAACUUGGUGGUAGGAGAAUGGAGCAAGACCCUCGAGGGAUGGAGACUUUGACCAGAGGAGAUCCGAUCCAUCAAAGACCGAGUGGUUUCAGCAGUAGACAUGACCCGGUCUUCGAGCACAUUGAUAGAGAACGAGAGAGGGAGAGAGAGCGAGAGAGAGAUAGGGCGGAGAGGGAAUCCGCAGCAGCAGCCAUGAUGAUAAAUCACAGAGAGAGGGAGAGGGAGAGGGAAAGGUCUGCUUCAGAGCGAGAACAAGCUAUGGCCAUGCAGGAACAGGCACGGCCUGGCAUACAUGGGGAGUACCCACACCAAAUAUCUCAACGAAAUCAUCCCCAAGUCUAUGGUCGUCAGCCAGAUGCCCGUGAACAAGCAGCUUGGGCCCGUCCUGGGCAUGAACAACAAAGACCUGGGUUUGAACAACCACCAUACGAGCGACCACCACCAUCUUAUGCACCACAUGGUAAUGUCUACGACCAACCAAGAAGCGCGGCCCCCCAGUAUGGUAUUCACCCCGCUUAUCAACCUGUCCCAAAUCAUGAUCAACGUGAUCCUCGUUACACUCAUGUCUCUCAUUAUCCGCCACAUUCUCAGCAGCAACAAGCACCGGGACCAGGCCCCCAUUUUGAGCAAACAUUUGACGACAGGAUGCAGCAGCAGCAACAGCAGGAUCAACAAGCUGCAGCAAGACAGCGAGCUGAAGUUAAAGCUCAACAAUCCGCAUUCGCUGGGUCCAUGCCACCUAAUCCUCAAUACACGCAGCAUGACUCCCCGCAGAGAAGAGUAAUCGAAGAAGCGCCUCCUCAAAUGAUGCAGCAACAUCAAAGCCAAAGAGGACUUCUGAGUGUUCAAGAUAACCGCAGGGGAGGUCGAGUCUCACCCAUACCUCAAGCUGUACAAGGUGCACAAUCACAGCAGCCUGGUCCCGCUGGUGAACCUAGCAUCAAGAGUGAGUUUGGUAAAAUAUUCCCUGGCAUUGGAAGUGGAGUGGCUUUGAGUUUAUCUAGUCCCGUUGCGGGGUCUACUACUGGUGGUUUGCCUUUCUCUGGCUCACGCCGUGAAGAUCUCGAUUCACCUUCUGCGCACAAUUCGCCAAUUGAAAACGGUAGUUCUGCAAUACCUCGUCCAUUCGGUAGACGUCGUAAGCUCAAGGAGGAAGAUAGAAAUGAUGACGACAGUAGUACUGGACGACAGACUCCUAAUGGCAGAGGAAAACGUACAAAGCAUGCUGCACAUCGACAUAUUCACCAACACCGAGUAGCUGGUGCUCUGGAUCACAUCCCGUCACCUUCAUCUCAAUCGAUGACUCCGUUCAAAAGCGUGAAGAAAAUCAACGGUGAUGUAUCUCCACCUCAUGGAGAAAUAUCAGUUGUUCCGCAUCAUCAUCUGACCAAUUCACAUUCUCAUCAUCACCAUCACCACCAUCACCAUUCCACAGGACCAACCCACAAUUCUGUAGGACCAAGAGUUCCCCCUCUGAACAAUCAUCUCCAUAUGCCCAAAUACCGAGUUCAUUCACAAGAAAUUAUUGAUGAUGCUUCACAGUAUCCUCGUUGCCAUCUUGGUAGUGAAUAUUACCAGGCAAAUCUCUCAUUGUACCGAUCAAACUCUACUGGCGAAAUUCCAUAUAAUCGCGCGUUUGCUGGUACUAAUAAAAGUAGCGCCAAUUUCGAAAAUCUCAUCAACUGUACAUUUACAAUUAAGAUUUCCCGUGUUCACCUUCAGCCGCCGAGCAGAGCACAAAUCACAGCUCGGAAAAACCUCUGGGGUACUGAUGUUUAUUCGGACGACUCGGACAUCAUUGCGGCAUUAAUUCAUCAAGGUUGGAUUUGCGGAAAAUGGAGUGACGAUAUUGAUGUCAAACUUUUGGAUCUUUACCAAGCAGAUGAAGGAAUCUCUGUUGAGCCAGAGCUAGAUACUAUGGCUGAUGGACCGGAUGAAUUUUUUGAGCACCCUCCUGCAAGAGGUCCUAUGCCAGUUCGUAACAAUCGUGAUCUUCAUGUCACUGUACUUGUUCUGGGUUGUCUUGACAAGUACUUCAGCACGAUCCGAUAUGGUAUCAAGAGUCGUGAAUGGGGAGGCAAGAACACUCGUGCUCACGAUGGUUUGAGUUACUUGAUUAUGAACAUCAGGUGGGUUGAAGGAGUUAACGGGAUGGAGCGCGGAAAUGUUGCAAUGAAACAUCACAUGGAUAGAGAAUACCAGGAAGUUGAUCGAGACCGCGAGUUGUGGCUGGAAACAGCAAUGAACGGAAAUGGGAAGCGAACUAUGGACCAUGAUAAUGGAGAGGACAUAGUAAUGGAAGAAAGCAACAUGAGAGGUGAUGGAGAUGCGCAGCAUGUUUUAAAUGAUGGUGAAAUUAGAGGUGUCGGCAUGGGAAGUUGGUGGAAGGGAAAUUCUAGGGGUUCUUCAAAGCGCAUCAACACCGGAGAAGAUUCAGCUCCUCAAAGAGGAGUAGAAUUACUAGGAGUUGAAAUAUCACCACGCCCAGCAUAUUCUUCACCAGCCCGCGGAGAUGUUACUAGAGCAGAUGCCUUAGGAAAUGGAGACGCUACAAAGCAUUCUACGAAUUCCGCACCCAUCUCCGACAAUAGAUACAACACCAAUCCAACUUUGGAAUGGGGCCGUGUUCAGGUACCAACUGUGAACUCCGGUACUUCACCAAACAGAGAAAGCAAUUUGCCAGUUUCAUCCUCAAAUCCAGAACCGAUGGCAGUUGAAGAAACAGCUCCGCCUCCCAAAACCUCAAUGUCUACGGAAAUACUGGAGUCCGGAAAUCUUGCCCUAAAGACCACAGAAGACCCAAGUCGCGAAGAAGAAGUUGUCAAGGAUAUCAAAUCCACUCAGAACCUAAAUCAAGCUAUCCCUCAGCCAGAGAUUCAAUCAGAUCAACCAAGUCAAACGCCAGUCCCAGAAAGCAAAAAGGCGGACGAAGAUGUUUCCACUACAGCCGAGUCAAAAGACUCAGAGACCACCGCACAAGUCGUCCCGGUCGUCGAAGUCCCUGCGGCUGCAAUUGAAACAUUAGCUCAAGCUCAGACUAAUGAGGCCGGUGGAGACUUUUCUGCGGAAGUUGGUGCAGAUGCAGUUGUGGAUGCAGAUUCGUCUUCAUCUGCUCCUGCAAACAACUGAUGCAAUAAUGUGAGGCCAUGCCAUCGUCAUGGAAUUGCCUAACUGUGCUUUGUCUCAGCAGAGAAAGCCCCUACACGUUAGCCUUAUCCAGAAUAAUGAUUUCCUCACACAGUUUCGCAAGACAGAAAUAGUGCUGAGGGGAUUAUACUAUUUCAUUUUGACUUCGUUCAAGAUUAAAGAAGACUCAAUUCUACAGACACAAAAUGAUAACAACGAGCGUUCAUUUCUCGCAAUUCGAUCAAAUGUCAAAUAUUCCUGGGAAUAUUACCAAUGACCAUCUCCACUUUACGCAUACGAACCACAAUGCAUCGAACACUAUCUCUCUAGAUAUGUCACAUAUCAAGGAGGAAAGCAACAACCAAGCCACAUUUGGGAGAUUUAUCUCCUCCAAGAGAUGCUCGAGACAACAGUCCACACGCGUCUCAAAUCAAAAGUUCUUCUUGCCAGUCUCACAUGCCGGAACACAAGAUGGAUCCGAGCAAUAUCUCAGCAUACGCUUGUCUGCGAGGAUGAUGCUGCUCCCCGUCUUGUUUCCACCUUUUUUAACGUUCUUUUUGUUUUCUUUUUCUUUCAAGAAAUACCACCCAUCGUUGUUUUUCCACGUGAGCAAGGUGUUUGGCGUUUAACAUUCGGAUCAUCGUAUUUGCCAAGGCAAAUUGAUGAUCAAGCAAUGUUUACUGGCUUGCUAAGUACUUCGUAUGCCGAGAUUGGGGAUUGAGAGGCCGAUGAUGCAGCUUGCUCUUGCUGCAAAACAUGGAGGGAGGGUAUGUUGACACAGCAGUCCGGUGGGGAAGUAGAAGAGAUAACAAAGUGGAAUAUACUACAGCCAGUAAGCCCCAGAGGCGUAAGUUGAUCUUGCGAAUGUCCAUAGAUCGACUGAUCGUGGCGUUGAAAUAUAUACGUAGAUAGAUCAACAUAAAAUUGAAAAACAUAUCA